AGCCUAGGAAUCGAGCCUCGCUGUACCGAAGCCCCUGGACGAUUGCUGGAUCCCGAACUUAUAUUAACUGAGAGAAGUAGGCGCAGACAUGGGGAACGUGCAGUCGGGCUCUACGCUUACAAGGACAAGUGGAGCAUUGGAUUCAUUUGUGACCGAGCUGGGAGGAGACAUUGUGUAUGACAAGGGACUCAAUCAGGCGCGCUUCCUCAAGACUGUCAAAUGUAGACACCGAAAUGGAUACCUUGUUGUCAAGAUAUUCAUCAAACAAGACCCUGGAAUCAAUCUCAGAACCUACCAAAGAAAGCUGAAGGCGGAUAGGGAGGCUCUACUGGAUAUCCCAAAUAUCUACACCUACCAAACAUUCUUUGAGACGGAGAAAGCGGGAUACCUCAUUCGUCAAUGGGCCGGAAGUAACUUGUAUGAUCGUAUAAGUACUCGACCCUUCCUCUCUAUCAUUGAGAAGAAAUGGAUUGCUUACCAACUUCUCACCGCACUCUCUCAAGCACAUCUGCACAAAACCCCUCAUGGAGAUAUCAAGUCGACAAAUAUCCUGGUCACGUCGUCAAAUUGGAUCUAUGUGACCGACUUUGCUGGUUCAUUGAAACCUACGCGCCUCCCUCUAGAUGAUCCUUCAGACUUCUCAUUCUUCUUCGAUACCAGUGGACGGCGGAUUUGCUAUGUCGCCCCAGAACGAUUUUAUAAGGCGGAGAAAGAGACGAGGAAAGCGUGGGCAAACGAGGAAGGCGAAAGGAAGGAGCCCAUGGUGACCGAGGCGAUGGAUGUCUUCAGUGUGGGCUGUGUCAUCGCGGAAGUGUUUCUUGAGGGCGCGUCUCUUUUCUCGCUCAGUCAGCUGUUUAAGUAUCGGGAGGGAGAAUACAGUGUAGAAGCCCAACUUUUGGCAAUAGGUGAUGAAGGUAUACGAUCGAUGAUCAGACAAAUGAUUUCAUUGGAUCCUGCAGCACGACCAACCUUUGACACGCUCCUGGCAGGUGCACGAGGCACCGUCUUGCCCGAGUGUUUCUACUCGUUCUUGCACGAGUAUGUGGCUUCCGUUGGCGAACGUCCUUCUUCGCUUCCUUUUCCCUCCUCGUCAUUCUCCUUGUCGAAUGCUGCUCCCUCCAAUCUUCCUGGAGCUACUCCCAGUACAACGAUUAAAGCGCCAAGCAAGGAGACAGUGGCAACGGCUGCUGGUGGAAAUGGGAAUGAUAGUGUACUUCCUAGUGAUAGCGACCAUAGGUUGGAGCGAAUUUGGGAGGACUAUGAGAAUGUGGACCCGUACCUCAUUGACGACGCAGAUGUCGAGAAGACUGUGAUGGAUGAUAUCUUUCCUGUCUCCUUGCAUAUUCCGUCUCAUUCCUCAAAUCGACACCCAACUCCCGCUGAAGAUGGUCCUGCGCUCAUACUUCUCUCCCUCGUUCUAGCCAAUAUCCGUAACUGCCUUCUCCCUUCGUCUCGCCUCCGUGCUCUAGAUGUAUUGCUCGCUCUAUCGACUCGGCUGACUGAUGAGGCGAAGCUUGAUCGAGCCGUGCCAUACAUCGUAGAGUUGUUGCGUGAUGAGGCUGCAAUAGUUAGGGCAGCAGCAGUAAGGACGUUGGUUCAGAUUCUGACUCAAGUAAAUGUUAUCACUCCUUCGAACGCAUCAAUCUUUCCAGAGUAUAUCAUUCCGAAUGUGCGUUACCUCGUGCAAGAUCCAGAGGUUUCUGUUCGGGCAAUGUAUGCGCAGUGCAUUGCUCCCCUCGCUCAGACUGCCGACCGCUACCUUGAGAUGGGACAAGCUCUCAAGGCACACGGUGUUUCUCCUGGGAUCAAUGGCGACAGACAGGAGUACGAGGAAACGCACUUCGAGGUCUCGUACGACGUCAUGAAACAAGACCUCCUCCUCUCCAUCCAGGAACAGCUGUCAACGCUUCUCAUGGAUCCCUCUCCCAUUGUCAAGAGAGCGGUGCUGCACAAUAUCAACGCGCUUUGCGUCUUUCUUGGCGGCCAAAGAACAAACGAUGUCGUCUUGAGCCAUAUGAUCACGUACUUGAACGACCGAGACUGGCACCUCCGCCAUGCAUUUUUUGAGAGCAUCGUCGAUGUCGCGGCGUGUGCUGGAGAUGUGGAAGAAACUGUGGUAGCGCGGGUACUCGCCGCCCUCACUAGCCUUUGCGAGUUGGGUCUUUUCCAGAAGAUGCGCAUUUGGGAGCUGAUGAGUGCCACUCUCCCGUUUUUCUACCACCCCAAUAUUGGAUACGACAGGGUAUGGUUUACACGUGCAGCUUCCUUUAUCGCAGCUGCAGCAAAAUGCCUACCUCAAAGCGACGUGUGGUGCAUCCUGUACCCCUCGUUGCGCCAUCUUUUGCGUUCGGACGUCAAGGAGAUUGAAGAGCAGAGUCUAUUGUCUGCAAUGAAGGCACCAAUACCACGUCCCGUUUUUGAUGGCGCUGUGCAAUGGGCAAUGAGGGCGGAGAAGACGACCUUUUGGAGGGGACAUCGUAAACCAGCUUCGAAGAUGGAAUCGCCAAAGGAAAGCAUAGUUUCCAUGCGAAAGGCAGGGACCGGCGGGACGAAGGUGCAGUUGCUGAAAUUGCAGAACCUUGGUAUGACACCUGCUGAUGAGAUGAAGCUCACGGCAAUGCGGGACUAUGUCCUUAAACUUGCCAAUAAUGCAUCGAGUUUCGCAUCCAGACCAAGAACAGAACCAGAAUUGGAAAAGAAUCUUCGUUCGAUGGGAGACGUUGAACUGCAGAAAUUAUCCGUCGUUCCUCAGACGGUCUUCCUCAAGUCAAAGUCCUCUACGUCCGAUAUGACUGUAACGCCCAGACCUUCUCGCUUGACAUCCUAUUCGCGCAGGCUUGACUUCCAAGGACGCCUCGGUACGCCACGUAUGAGCAGGGCUUCUAGUGUCGACCAUGGAGCAACUAAUCCUGCGCUGGAAGACCUAAAGCGGAGAUUAGCUGCUAUCAAUGGCUCUUCAUCAUCGCUUAACCUCACCGCUGCUGCUCGGGAACGCCAGGCAGUGCAAUCCCCCUCCCUUCCGCCUUCCACUUCGCAGCCAGCAACUCUCGCGCUUCCUGCUCAGCCCCCGGGACAUGAUCGCCCGAGCAGCCCAACAGAUUCGGUGGUGUCUGCUACCAAUUCAUCGACUGUCCGGACUACGCACAGGUUGCAUGUCGGAAGCACAGACGGGCAGAAAGCUGCUCCUGCGGUUGGCUCAUCCAAUACGAAUGCAGUGGGUUUACUGGAGGCGCCAUCUAAGAUGCGUCCAGAAGGUUCUCCAGAACGGUCGGGAAGAUCGUCACCGAUCUCACUUGCUGGAACUGCGAGAGGUGUGAACAGACCCCGUAUAUCCUCCAUGCUCCCUAUUUCGACCUACGAUGGACCGGAACCUGGCAUUAACAAUCUGCUCGAGAAUAUCUACUCGGACAACAACCGCGAGCUGCAGCAUGACUUCGGUCCAAAAGUGCAUGAAGGACCUGUUCGUCGACGCAAUACAGCCAGACAAAGCUUUAUUACACGCGACAGCAGCAGUCGGCGAACAGAAGCCACCCUCAUCGCUCACCUACAGUCUCAUACCGACUGCGUUACUGCGCUGGCUGUAUCUCCAGACCAUGCAUUCUUUGUUUCAUGUUCGGAUGACAUGACUGUCAAAGUAUGGGAUACUGCACGGCUGGAACGGAGUGUGACAAGUAAGCCGCGGCAUACGUACAGCCAGCAUCAUGCGCGUGUCAAGUACGUUUGCAUGCUGGAGGGUGUGCAUUGUUUUGCCAGCGCAGCAGAGGAUGGGAGCUUGCAUGUCAUCAGGGUGCACGUCAAUCAAAGUGGGUCUUUGCCGAAGUAUGCAAAGCUUCAAACCAUUCGAGAAUAUCGAGUGGACUCGCCUGGCGAAUAUAUUACAUGCAUGGUCCACUACAAUUCAGAUGUCGCUUCAAAUCUUGUCUUUGCGACAACGCACUCUGUCAUCACCAUUCUGGACUUGCGGACCAUGCGAGUCUUGCAGCACAUGCAAAACCCGCGUCAUUUUGGACCCAUCACUUGUAUGUGUUUGGACCGCAAACGCACAUGGAUUCUCGUGGGCACUUCUAUGGGCGUGCUCUCACUCUGGGAUCGGCGCUUUGGCUUGCUUCUCAAGAGCUGGCAAGUCGGCAAAACUACCUCAGGAAAAUCGAGAGUGAACCAAUGCGUCAUCCAUCCCACAAAGGGAAAAGGGAGUUGGGUAAUGGUUGCUGUCGAGAGCUGGAAGGGUGGUCUGGAGUCUUCACCCAUAAGCCUCAUUGAGGUCUGGGACAUCAAAAACGGUAUUCUGAUGGAGAGCUAUAUGACAAGAACCACGUCUACGCCAACAGAGUGCGCCCCCGAACCUAUAGAGCAUUCGGCAGUGGAGGCCUCACAGAGCCCAGCUGCGGCCAUCGCGGCUCUUGUCAAUACUAGAUACCCAGGUGGGACUGCGCACGCCAAUGCCAGCAAGAAUGGAGGACCAUCUCAAAACGCCCGGCUUGAUGAGGCGCUUCCGGCACCCUCACAUGAUAUUCGUGCAAUAGUAGCUGGAGUCGACUUCGGACAUUCCGGCGUGCAUAGGUCCGAAAUCGUGGAUUUGUCGGUCGACGUCCCCACGUCGAGCCGGAAUUCCAAGGGGUUCAUGGUUACAGGUUCGGAGGAUAGAAGGAUUAGACUGUGGGAUCUCAGUAAACUAGAACGAACGUCUAUUGUGGCUGGCCCAGAGUCAGAACAUGACAAGCCAUCUUACAGCACUGUGCGUGCCUCAGAUGGUUCGCCGUAUGUUAGUAAUGUUGAGACAUGGGCACAUUCAUCCAGCUCAGCAAGUCAGAGCAAUCGACCUCCGCAAAGGAUGUCAAUGAUUAGUCACAACCAACAGAACCUUCUCAAGUCACACCAGGAUAUCGUGACGUGUUUGGCUUGCAUUGAUUCCCCAUUCCGAGGAGGCAUCGUGAGUGCCGACCGAGCAGGAGUGAUCAAAGUGUGGAGGGUCGGAAGCGCCGACUAGUACUUUGCGUAUCUAUUUUGUGUGUGUUUUUUUUUACUUGCUUCACUGCACUUUGCAGUCUAGAUAUCUACAGUAGUGCUUUGACUCUUGAGUAAUUUCACCAAAUUUCACGAAAA